CCGCCCCCAAGAUGGCGGCGCCCAGCAGAAGGGAGGAGAGCAGUUGGCGGGGAGGCGGCCGAGGAGCCUGACGGGGCGGCGGCCUUUCGCGCCCCUCGCGGCGGGCAAGGAGGGAGCCCCGCGUGGCCUUCUCUGCGGUCCGGAUCCCAUGCGCCUUUUUGGGGGCGCCCCUCCUCUGGGGGAGGGGAUUCCCGUGGGCUCGCCCCUCCACUCCCCCACCCCAGACCCCGCCUCGCGUUCUGUCCGGCCGCCCCUCUUGCUCCACCUAGCGCAGGCCCCCUUUCGACCCACCGGCAUGACCUUCCCGCCCCCUUAAAAGGGGUCCCAGACUCUGAUCCGAAUUAAAAGACUGAGCUCGUUCUCCCCCCGAAUCCCUGGGCAGGAAGCAAGAAAGCCCCUGGGGGGUGAGGAGAGGAGGAAAAAAAAGGAUUCCCCCGGGUUGGGGCCCUCGCCCGGCUUCGGAAUUCAAGCAGCGACGGGGCCUAGUGGUUUGGGAGCCCCGCCGCCUCGUUUCGGGGUGACUCUAUCCCAGAAGGAAGUGAGAGUGGGCUCCCCUUGGGGAGAGGAAUUGCCCAUUAGGUGCCCAAGGGAGCUGUACCCGUGGUGCCUCUCCCACAUUUAGAAUGGCCAUCCCAUCUGCUCUGUGAUGCUCCGCGAGCAGAGACUUUGCAGGACUUCCUCCCUUGUUGCCAAAGCAUUUUUUUCCCCUUAAUGUGCAAAAUUAGGUGACAGCGCGCACACAGGCCUCUCAUUCUUGCUGCCUUCGCGAAGCCAUGCAGUUUGCUUCACCUGUGGUGCAGCCUGGCAGUUCUUGUCUUGGCUGAUUCUACAUCGAGAGCUCAGCUAUGGAUCUGGUGUUCCUGGUUAUCAAUGGCAUGGGGAUGGUCUUGGACCUGCUGGUAAUCCUGCUGGACAUCAACUUCUUCCUGGUUUCCACCUUCCUCUCUGUCUUGAUCUGGCUCAUCGCUUUUAUUUACAACCUGCCCAAUGCCACGGUGGCCUGUCUGAGCCAGUUCUGGAAUGGGAUCCUGGUCGUUUUGCUAUGCAUCGUGGAGGUGUUGUAUUACUUGACUCUGGGCUCUGUGCAUGCUGUCCUCAACUUGGUGAGGGGAUUCUGCUCCAGCAUGGAGAGCUUGAAAGUCAUGGGCCACCUGUUCACCCACCUGACCCUGAGAAGCAAAGAAAUUAUGCACCGAAGUUUCUGGAACCUGAUUGGGUCUGGGCAGAUGCUUCUGAGACAAAUGUGUGAAGUAUGUGCCAUAGCCAUGAGCCUUGUGGCUUACUUCAUCAACAGCAUAAUCAACAUCUGCCUCAUUGGAACUCAGAACCUUUUUGCAGUGGGGCUGGCCCUGUGGGAUACUAUCGUCGGUCCCUUUCUGAGAAUCACAGACAUCUUCGUUGCCUUUCUUGCACGUCUCUCCAGCAGUGCCAUCGCUACAGCCAUUCUCCUGUGGACUCCCUGUCAGCUGGCUUUUGACCUCCUGGCCUCGGUGAGCAGGCUGCUGAUCAACGUCUUCUUUCUCAACCUUUAUGGCGUGGUGUUGCUCUCUGUGAUUGUUGUCACCAGCAUCUUUAUCCUGAACCCCCAGCUGACUUGGACCCUGGCAAAUCAGGUGUCUGGCUAUUUGAACACGAUGCCUUCUUACCACCGCUUGCUCAGGGACAUGCGACGCCUUUAUCACAUAGUGCUCUUGUCCCUCGAGAUGCUGUUGAGCUCCCAGACCUGGCGUAGGUUGGCAGAGUGGAGUCUUCAGGUGGUCAGUUGGAACAGGAAUGACUGGACAGCUAACCAGCAUGGAGAACAAGAACCGCAGCUGAUGCUUGAAGCUUCCCGAGAAAGGGCAGGGGGAGCUGCUGUGGGACAGAGACUAGCUCCUCUAGGAGCACCAUAUUCAAGAAGACAAGGGCCAGCUGUGAUCAUUCGUCCCCGCCAAAGAGGCAGCAGGGACCAGUCCAGAACGGACAUUGAUCUGGGAAUGGCCACACAACGGAGUCUGUUGUUAGGGCAGCAGUUUCAGCCUCAGGGGGAAGGGCCAAGCGUAUCACAUGCCAAAUUUGCAAAAAGAGAGCAACUAAAUGCUUUGGAAGAAGAUAAUGACCCAUGGCUGCUUCUUAAAGAACAAGAAGAACGGAAGAAAUGUGUCAUCUGCCAGGAUCAAACAAAGACAGUCCUCUUACUGCCCUGUCGGCACCUUUGCCUCUGCCAAGAAUGUACUGAAAUCCUGCUGCAACAGGCCGUCUACCAGCGGAACUGCCCACUGUGCCGGCAGAUGAUCCUGCAGACUCUCAAUGUCUACCUGUGAGCUACAGAGGAGGCAGCUUUAUCUCCUUUGCGUGUGCUUUUUGCCGAAGCACAAGAGAUCUCUGGCCCUUGGACCUCUAUAACAGCUAGUACAGACUCUCGGUGUCAAGCUUGGAUACCCCUUUUUUAUUUCCAAAGACAUUAAUUGCAAUUAGCGAAACUCGAAAAAUGCUAUGAAUUGGGGUUUUUUUGCACUUCUGUUUUCAUUGUUUGUUGCUCUCAUAAGAAAAGAAAAAAAAAAUAACCCUAAUUGCUGAUCAAAGUCAUAGUCUGGAAACUUUCCUGUUGCGGGGGGGGGCAGUGUAAUCAUGCACCCAUAUUCAGAUGUGAGGCUAAAAGUAUGUAUAUUUUUCAUCCAGAGUACAGAAAGUGCGGGUGCUGAAUUCCUUAUAUUUGGGGCUUUCUAUAAAUUAGUCUUUUGAAGAAAAAAGUCCAUAGCAAGCUUAGUUGAUUAAACAUGUCUGAAAAUAUGAAUAGGGUAAUUCUGCCCCCAUUAUUGAAGUAACAAGAAGGUUUCCAGCCACACCAUUUCCUUGUAAAGUUCAUUGUAAGCUCACCCCUGACCAGCAUUGACCUCUGAGGAACGUUGUAUGAUUCGCGUAACACAUUUAUAAGUUCUGCUCCUAGAGAAGUCCGUACUUCCAAACCUUGAUCUGUAGGUGUUUGGUGCUACCCACAGAAGGGGACAUUAACUUUGUCUUCAUUUAUCAAAGCCAUGCAUUCUAGAGUUUCUGCUCCUACAAGGCACAACUAAUGUGUUUGAUUUCAGCUCUUGUUGACCAUCUUGUUGACCAUCUUGAGUUGAUUUCAGUUUUAAAAAGAUAUACCAUUGGUCCAAAUAUUUUUUCCAAGAUUGUGUAUAUAUGUUUGUUCAGUUCCAUAAGAAAAUAAGCUGGACACUGAAUGUGCAGCCAUAGAGCACAUAGAUGCUUCAUAGAUCAGCUUAUUACACUUAAGAAAGACCCUAUUCCACCUGCUGGCAUGCAACUUCCACAGGUUACCUAUGCAAAAUUGUACAUUCCAGCUCUAUUGCACAACUCUUAAUUCCAUUCCUCCCUCUUUUGGGGAUAAUUUUUGGGAACCUAAUAGUACCAACUGUAGUCUGUUAGCUACCAAAUGGCAGUUCCGUUAGCAGCACUGGAAGGUAAAAGGGAAACUGAUGGGUUUGGCCUGAGGCAGCCAAUGAAAAAGCUUUUUAUGAGUCUGGGCUGGAUUUGAGCAGGAUGACACAUCUGUGAGGUCAGGUUCUAGAUUUCAUCAUUUAACUCUGGAAAGCAGAAUUGCUGUAGCUGCUAAGAAGGCAUUGUAGAUACUGUAAGGGUAAUUGUAAGGAAAGAAGGCGAUCGUGAUGCCAGUGGUUUGCUUGACCCUUGGGCGAAGAGGAAUUGUUCUCUUUUCAGAGCCAGUCAUUAAAUACCCACACCACUGCUUCUUGGAAGAUCAGCCCAGAGUGUGAUAAUUGGUGGGUGAUAUGUGCCCACACCCAGUAGAACCAAUUGUUUUUUUUUAAUGUUUAAAUUGGAAAGAGACUGAAAUC